AUGUCAUCAAGAAAGAAGGUAUUGUUGAAAGUUAUUAUCCUGGGAGACAGCGGAGUAGGGAAGACUAGUUUAAUGAACCAAUAUGUGAACAAGAAAUUCUCCACCUCGUACAAAGCCACCAUUGGCGCCGACUUCCUCACGAAAGAAGUCACUGUUGACGACCGCAUCGUCACCUUACAGCUCUGGGACACGGCGGGACAAGAGCGAUUCCAGUCCCUCGGCGUCGCAUUCUACCGCGGUGCUGAUUGCUGCGUCCUUGUGUACGACGUCAACUCCACCAAGUCAUUCGAGACCCUGGAUUCAUGGCGCGACGAGUUCCUGAUUCAAGCAAGCCCGCGCGAUCCCGAGAGCUUUCCCUUUGUCGUGUUGGGGAACAAGAUUGAUUUAGGCGAAGACAGGAGGAUGAUCACACCGAAGAGGGCACAUGCGUACUGCCAGAGUCGUGGCCAGAUGCCCUACUUCGAGACCAGCGCCAAGGAGAGCAUCAAUGUGGAACAAGCCUUUGAGGUUAUUGCCCGGAAUGCUUUACUUCAGGAGGAGAGUGAAGAGUAUGGUGGUGAUUUCUCUGAUCCAAUCAACAUCAAUCUAGAUCAGGAGAGAGAUGGAUGCGCGUGUUAA